UACCGCGGUACAAUGGGGAACAUACAGUCCACCAUGAAAAUGCACCUAUUGAUUAGCCGCCCGUAAAGAGUGUAGCUGUGUGCAAUUUUACUAGGAUACUAUAUAAAACUUGUCCUUGGUUUGUUGAAGAAGGAGAUUUAUCACAGGUUUGGUGGAGAUGGGUGGGACGUGAAUUGUGAAACGCUGGAGUUGAAGAGGGAGUGAUCCGCUUGUGGAAGCUGAUAGAUACUGCCUUACGGUCGGAGGAUGACUAGGUCGGGGAACUCUUAGAUGAAGUCUCCGAACUACUGGAGGAGCUCAGCGAAGACUCCCUUGAUAGUAGCGAAAAAGGAGACAAUAUAGAGGAACAAAGGAUGGAAGCAAGCGGAGGAGCAUGACCAAAAGCGAAACAUCUGCAGACGCUGGAAUUGCCUCCACUAUACCCCGAGUUGCCCUUAAUGCCCUCCACUCCUCCUUACGAACUGCCCCCUCAUCCUAUGUGCUGUUGCUGUUUUGCCGGCAAUGCUUCAAAUGAGAUGAGGCCCAUAGUUUUAGAGUCUGGGCCGGAGAAACAGACUAGAAGGCAAAUACUUGAAAACGAAAGUGCUCGUAAUGACGUUGAAGCUGCUUUUCUUAUAAAUACUGGGGAAUCAACUCCCCACCCACCGUGGUGCCUGAAACCAAAUUGGGCAGAGUUCUUUAACCCCCAUCAGAUCUUUCCAGUGACUGAAGACUGCCAAGGAAAUCGCGGGUGGACUCCGGUCAACUUUACAGCAUUAAAAGAGCUGCAAAAGGCAGUGACUCUCUACGGGCCACAUGCUAACUUCACCAAAGCUAUCCUAGGAACUUUAGGCACUCAGGGCCUAGUCCCUGAAGAUUGGAGAAAUGUCUGCAAGGCAGUCCUUUCAGGGGGAGAUUAUCUCUUAUGGUCAGCCGCUUAUAGGGAACUAGCUCGUACUCAGGCGGCACAAAACCGAGCUGAUGGGCAACCUGCCUGGAAUGAGGACAUGUUAAGUGGAGAGGGAGCAUUCCAUGCAGAAGCGGUGCAAGCUCGGUGUCCCCGGGAGGUAUUACAACAAAUAAGAGAUACAGCCUUGAGGGCCUGGAAGGUAGUGCCAAAAAAAGGGGAAGAUAAACACAGUCUUAGUAAGAUAAUACAAGGACCGACCGAGCCUUAUGCAGAUUUUAUUAACCACCUUUAUGAAGCUGCGGGCAAUCUGUUUGAGUCUCCUGAAGAGGCCGCACCCUUGCUGAGAGGACUGGCAUAUGAAAAUGCUAAUAAGACAUGUCGCUCCACGCUAAGGCCUCGGCAACAUAAGGACAUCCCUACCUUUAUGAAAAUUUGCAGAGAUGUCAUGGAUGAUGUUGCCUCUGGGCUCAUGCUGCUAUGGCAAUGGCUAAGGCCAAUAGAGCGAGUGACUGCAAAUGUUUCGCUUGUGGCCAGCCUGGACAUGUAAAAAAGGAAUGUAGACAACAUAAGCCCAACAAACGACAGCCAGGAUUAUGCCCUAAAUGUGGGAAAGGUAAUCAUUGGGCCAGUGAUUGUUAUUCUAAGACUGAUAGAGCAGGAAACCCCAUUCCCCAAGAGUCAAAAAAUGGGAGAGGGGCCCCAGCACACCGGGGCCUGAAGCAAAUUUGGGUGUGCCAGCAAUCAAAAAAGGGGGAUCAGGAACAGUAAGCUGUUUCGAAUUGCAGCCAACGGAGUCUCAAAUAUUAACUCCAGCUAUGGGUCCUCAAAUCAUUGAUGUAGUCCCUACUAAAAAUUCUGUUCCCAAUACUGGCUUUGGACUAGUGAUUGGACGAGCCACCAAUUUUCAGCGUGGACUCCAAAUUCAGCCAACAAUAGUAACUUUCCCCACAUGCAAACCUAAAGUUAUCGUUCAAGCCACCUUAGGUGCAGCUAUCGUAGAUAAUGACAGACCCCUAGCACAAUUACUAUGCUGGGAAAAAAUUAGAGAUCAGAGAGCUAAACAAGGAAGUAAUUUUGCAGCACUCUCCUUAUCAUUGGAAAACAGACCACUUUGGCCUCUUGUCAUUCAGGGAAAAACAAUACAAGGCUUGUUAGAUACUGGGGCUGAUGUAUUAUAGCCGCAGAUGACUGGCCUCCCUCCUGGCCAACACAAGAGUCAUAGAAUACACUGGUAGGGUUGGGUACUACCCAUGCUCCACCUAGGAGUGCCAGCAUCCUCACUUGGACCGACAAUGAAGGCCAUUCUGGACAGAUCCAACCAUAUAUCUGUAAGCUGCCAGUUACCCUUUGGGGACGAGACGUCCUACAGGAACUAAGACUUACCUUGACUAAUGAAAAGGGAAAACAACAAGGAUAGCAGGCUGUGUGGAACAUCAUGACAUGAAUGGGAUAUAAAGGUGGAGGCCUGGGAGCUAGGGAACAGGGUAUUACAAUGCCCAUUAGUCCAAAAGGAGAAAAGGACAGGCAUGGACUGGGUUUCCAGGAGGGGCCACCGCACCGCAGCCAAUCCCUGUAACUUGGCUCUCCUCUAAGCCAGUGUGGAUUUCGCAGUGGCCCCUUACAGAAGAAAAAUUGGCUGCUGUAAAAACCUUAGUAGAGGAACAAUUAGGGGCAGGACAUCUUCAGCCAUCUACUUCUCCUUGGAAUACUCCUAUCUUUGUGAUUAAAAAGAAAUCAGGUAAAUAUCACCUACUUCAUGAUUUAAGAGCUAUAAAUAAACAAAUGCAACCUAUGGGGGCCACCCAACCCGGCCUCCCCGUUUUAACCAUGCUACCUAGAGAAUGGAAACUAAUAGUAGUUGAUAUAAAGGAUUGUUUUUUCUCUAUCCCCCUAGCCAAGGAAGAUAGACAACGUUUUGCCUUUACAAUUCCCUCUAUAAAUCAUAUAGGACCCAAUGCUCAUUUUGAAUGGACGGUAUUGCCACAAGGAAUGACUAAUAGUCCCACAUUAUGUCAAAUAUAUGUUGCUAAGGCUAUUGCACCUGUAAGAAAAUUAUUUCCACAAAUGACAAUAGUACACUACAUGGGUGAUAGUCUAUUGGCUGCUCUCAACCAGGAAGAAUUAGAUAAAGCCUUUUUGCAUUAGAGCAAUCCCUAAACAAUUAUAAUCUUAUCUUAUCCCCUGAAAAGAUUCAACGAGUUCUUGCAGUCCAAUAUUUAGGACUACGGAUUACCCCUACCACAGUAAAGCCUCUUGAUUUUAAUAUCUCCACUCAUCAUGUUAAAACCUUAAAUGACUUACAAAAAUUGUGUGGAAGUUUAAACUGGAUUUGGCCUUAUUGUAAAAUGACUACUAAAGAAAUGCGCCCUUUGUUCCGACUUCUGGAAGGCGAUGCAUGCCUAAAUUCACCCAGACAACUUACAAAGGAGGCAAAAGCAGUAUUAAAAAUUUUUGAACAGCACCUUAA